GUAGGCAGAAAAUCUACGCCGUACCUUAAAUGUAAUAACUACAAUUAAACAAACCCUAAUUAUUAUAACCACCUUAAUUAUCUGGUAACCACCUUAAUUCAUUAGCCUCAAUUUUCUCUCUUUCUCCGUCACUUUUAUGCACUGAGUUUCCUCACAUUGUCUUUCUAAAUCAAAUUGUCUCAGGUUCAAAUUCUAGCGGAGGCUAAAACAUGGGGUGUUCUUUUUUAUCUUCGUGGACAGAAUUACCCGAUACUUGUAUUGGCGGGAGAUAGCAGCUUGAAGGAGAGCCUUGGCGUAACUAGUAAAGUUGGUGCCAUGUGACCAGGAGAUCAGGGGUUCGAGCCGUGGAAGCCAUGGAAACAGUCUCUUGCUGAAAUGCAAGAUUUUUCUUGGAGAUUUAUUGUUUCUCAAUGUCUACUAGGGGUGAAAAGCGUGAUUGUCAAACUGCACCUCUAGAUAUACUUUGUAGCCUUCCCGAGAACGUAGUAGAUGAUAUCCUUAUGCGUUUGCCUUUACGAGAUGCUAUGCAGACAAGCAUCUUAUCAAAAAAAUGGAGGUAUAAUUGGUGCAGACUUCCAGAAUUGACGCUUGAUUUAACAAAUUUGAUAUCAACGAAGGACUCAAUACCCCCUAUGUUCAAAUUUACUAACAUUAUCUACCACCUUUUGACCCUACAUACCGGACCAAUUACUAAGUUUGACCUCUCCUUUAGUUCUAAUUUGAUGCCUUGUCCUACCAUUGACAACUUGAUAUAUUUUCUCUCUAGAAAUGGCAUUCAACAUCUUGUUCUUAAACUUUCUAGCAGGGGUGACCCUUACAAAUUACCUACUUCACUUUUCACAUGUUUUCAAUUGAGGCGUCUGACUCUCCAAUACUGUUCAAUAAUUCCUCCGCCGGCCUUCAAAGGAUUCGAUCAGUUAAUUAGCCUGGAAUUACGUCGCGCCACAAUUACAUCCAAAUUUCUUGAAAGUUUAAUCUCUCAUUGUGUGUUACUCGAGCAGUUGGUGCUGGACAUCUCAAAUUUAAGUGGCGUCGUUGAAAUUAAUGCUCCCAGGCUGAGAUGCUUCAAAUUCGCAGGUGAAAUAAGUUCCAUCUAUUUAAAGUAUAUCCCUCUUGUGACAGAACUUUCACUUGCGGAUAUGGAAUGUUAUGAGGGGCCACGAAUAUGUGAUAUUGCCAAGUUUUUUGAGUCUUUUCCUGCUCUCGAGCAUCUCAGGUUGAAUCACGGUAUUUUGAUGUACUUGGCUGCAGGAGGGGAUCUUCCGAUAAGGCUACCGUUUGAUCUUAACUGCAUCAAAUGUCUUUGCCUAGCUGAUUUUUAUCUGGAUGAAUUGGAUGUGGUCUCAUGUGCUCUUUGCUUGAUAAGAAGCUUCCCAUUUUUACGGUAUUUGGAAAUCCAGGUGGAUGAUUUAAAUGAUGAUAUUCCAGCACUAGAAUGUCUUGAAGUGGAAGCUUUCUCAGAUGCGACAUUUAAUAACCUCCGGGAAGUUCAGCUAACAAGUAUUAUAGGCUCAAAGCCUGAGAUGCAGCUUAUCAAGCUUCUAUUAGCCAAGUCUCCUAUGCUGGUGAGAAUGCUAGUCGAGCCAUAUCUAGAAGUUGAUGACGCUGACAAACUCAAAAUCUCCGAUGUGCUAAACUCGUUUCGGCACGCAUCCCCUGAAGUAGAAGUUGUUUAUACUUGUUAAGGAGUUGAUAAAAGAUAGUAAAUGCAUUGCUGCAAUUCAAGCAUUAUCUUGGACUGGCGCUUGCAGACUUCCAAAAGUGCUUUUGUCCUGAUUGACAGAUUUAUAGUCCUAUUCCUACAUGGUUUAAUCAUCAUAACAUUUGGAGAGAUGCUUAUGUCCCCCAGAGAGCAUAUCAUUACUAUCAUCCUGAAACAAAGGGUUUGGACUUUGCUACAAUGACCCUAGGAUAAUUUGAGUUGACAACGGAACUGUUUAAUUGCUUGUCAAAGUCAGAAAACGAAGUGAGUGAAGCUCUAAAUAUGAUUUGAACAGUGAAGUUAAGGAAAUUCAAGGGGACAAGGAUUGGAAUGUACUUAAUAAAAGCCAUCCUUGUCCAUUGUCCUAAACUUGCAAAGAUGGUCAUUGAACAGAUCGAGGAAGGCAUACUACAUAAAUAGGCCCUCAAACUUGGCCUCAUUUUUUAAGUAUGGAGUGAGCCUUUCUCAUGGUUGUGCAUAAAGUCUUUAGGUGUUAGGCAGUAUUUAUAGUUUUCAAGUCUUCAUUAAGUACUUUUUUAAUGAAAUCAUACUGAAACAUUACUGGUAGAGGAUAGAUCAAAUGUCCAUUGCUCUCUCACAAAAGUAGCAUACUUGUAUCAAGUUGAUCAUAAACAAUUUCAGUAGACUAAGUAUAAUCCUAAAGGAAUUAGCAAAGAUAUACUGCAGAAUUCUUCAAUUACCACGAAAAGCCAUACAUUUAAGUGAUCAAACAUAAAGGUGACUGACAGGUUUCACAACUCGAAAAUAAAUAAAACUCCUGAAAAUGUCUAAAUAGCAACUCGAGUGCAUCAUUAGUUCAAGGCUAUAUUAAUAUUUUUUGGAUAUAGCUACUAGAAUCGUUUCUUUAGCAUCAGCAUAACACAUGUUCAAACUAGAAUAUAAAAGUUUGUGGAGCAUCGCAACUUCAACAGAAGUAGCACUCUAUACCUGCUCAGAUUGCUUUGGGGAGUACUUCUCCAUCAGCUUAGCCAGGUCGAGGUCAAAUUUCUUCUCCAGUCCCAUCGCCUCUUCCCAAAGUUUGCAUUUUCUCUCUUCAUGAGCUCUUAUCAAAAUUUCCUUCUAUUCCACAAAUUCUUUCAUUUCUUUAACUGGGAGAUUAAUAAAUUUCUCAACUUUCUCUGCCCUGACUCGAUAAUCCUCAACAGUUGAGGAAGCAUUUGCAAAAAAUUGUUUGAACAUCUCAUGUUGUUCCUGUUGUAACUGCUCAAAUUUGUCCUCCUCUUCAAUCCUAGCAUCAUAAAUCAUUUUGAACUGAUUCUUGAAAAAUUGCUCUUGAUACUCUAUUUUUUCUUUGUUCUGUUCAUAGUGCAUCUUCGUUUUCAGUCUGAUGAUCUUGUUCUCUUCCACUGUCUGACGGUGCUUUUCAUUCACCAGACUAAGAGUUUCUUCAAGAGCUUUAGCUUUCUUUUGGUUCUUAGCAGCUUGGUUCUUGAACCAUACAAGCAGGUCAUUAUCCUCCGACAUUUGGCUUGUUGGAUUUCGAACAGUUUCAUUAUACGGUUUCAUCUCUAACUUCAACCUUGAUUUCCCAUGUGAAUGCUGGUUGAAGUUGUCCAUGUCUCUUUUAUCUGCCAUGUAACCAUAAAGCUUACGUAUCCCCCCAGGAUAAAAGCAAACUGGAUUACAUUUCCACGCGUCUCCAUCUUCUCCUUCUUUAGAAAACUGCUCACUGAGAUGUAGAGCCUCCAUGUAUCCCACGGCAGUGGCCUCAAACACCAAUACACUGAUGCCACGAUGGCCUCCUGGACCAUAUGAAUGUCAAACAUUCUUGAUAGCAGCAGAAGAGCUUAAAUAGUCGCGCAGCUCCUGAUUUCACAUUCCAAUCCACUUGUCAUUAUCAUCUUUCUCAAAAGCCAUGUUCAUGAUAAUCACCAUUGGUGGCCACACUAUUUCCUUAUCUUUGGAUUCGAUGCCAUCCCAACUUCCGUAAACCUCACCUGGAGGUACAAUAGAAGUUCCCCUCUGAUGCAGCUCCUCCUCCAAAAGUUGAGUGAGCUCUCUGUGUAAUUUAAUCCUUGAUCCACCUUUCGCUUUUGUAAUGGAUUAAUUAUGUAGAAUUAAAAAAGGAAGGUUUAAUAAGAUUUGUAAAUCUAAAGCUAGCGUUUAGUCUACGCUACAUUUUCAUAACGGUAAUAUACAGAUCAGAGGCAAAAAAGGAAAAUAAUAUGUAUAAUAGAGUAGAAAGGAUUCCCAUAAAACGUUAGUCUUUUAAUUGUUCUUUUCGUUUCAUGACGCACAAAUGAUGUAAACUUUUAAAAUUCCUCUUAAUUUUCUCACUUCUUUAACUCCUAUAAAAGUAACCUAUUUUCACCUAAUUAAAAUUUAUAUUUUUGUUCAACAACCAUAUUGUUAAGAAAUAUUGUAUUUUCAUAUAUUCACUUUCCUAUUUAGCAUAAAUAUAUGUGAACUCCAUUAUCUUUUCUUCAGAGUUUUACCAGAUGUAUUAGUUCACAUCUUCCUAGUUGAUUUACUUCAAGAGACAUUAGUGAUUAUAGUGUCAUGAAUACAACAGGGAUAAGAACAACUUUGAUUCAGCUUCAAUCUUAAACAACGGUAACUGAAAUAAGAAAAUUUAUACACUGUUGUAAAGUAAGGAGAUGAGCAAGAACGAUCCAUAAAGCAAAUACUCAGAAUGUAUACCCAUUCAGUCUCACUUUGGUUCACUUACAAAUGAAUCAUCAUGAACAAUAUCUAAUUUGCAAAUCGAUAGGAUUACUAGAAAAAGUAAAAUGAAACAACGCAAAGACUGUGAUGAAUUUGCAGACUCAAUAUUACGUUUAAAUAUAAAAUCAACGCAUAAUACAUAAAUAGGCCCACACAAUAACGAAAGGUGGAUCAAGGAUUAAAUUACACGGAGAGCUCGCUAAACUUUUGGAGGAGGAGUUGCAUCAGAGGGGAACUUCUGUUGUACCUCCAAGUGAGGUGUAUGGAAGUUGGGAUGGCAUCGAAUCCAAAGAUAAGGAAAUAGUGUGGCCACCAAUGGUGAUUAUCAUGAACAUGGCUUUUGAGAAAGAUGAUAAUGAAAAGUGGAUUGGAAUGGGAAAUCAGGAGCUGCGCGACUAUUUCAGCUCUUUUCUGUUGUCAAGAAUGUUCGACAUUCAUAUGGUCCACGAGGCCAUCGUGGCAUCAGGGUAUUGGUUUUUGAGGCCACUGCCAUGGGAUGCAUGGAGGCUCUGUAUUUCAGUGAGCAGUUUUCUAAAACAGGAAGAGAUAAAGAUGCGUGGGAAUGUAGUCCAGUUCACUUUUAUCCAGGGGGGAUACAUAAGCUUUAUAGUUAGAUGGCAGAGAAAAGAGACAUGGACAACUUCAACCAGCAUUUACAUGGGAAAUCAAGGAUGAAGUUCGAAAUGAAUUCAUAUGAUGAAAUUGUUCGAAAUCCAACAAGGCAGAUGUCGUAGGAUAAUUAAUUGCUAGUACGGUUCAAGAACCAAGCCGCUAAGAACCAAAUGAAAGCUAAAGCUCUUGAAGAGACUCUUAGUGUCAUGAAUGAAAAGCACCGUCAGACCGUGGAAGAGAACAAGAUCAUCAAGCUGAAAGCGAAGAUGCACUAUGAUUAGAAGAAAGAAGAGAUGGAGUAUCAAGAGCAAUUUUUCAAGAAUCGGUUCAAAAUGAUUUACGAUGCCAGGAUUGCUGAGGAGGACAAAUUUGAGCAAAUUAAGCAGGAACAGCGUGAGAUAUUCAAGCAAUAUUUUGCAAAUGCUUCCUCAACUAUUGAGGAUUAUCGAGUCAGGGCAGAGAAAGUUAAGAAAUUUAUCAAACUCCAAGUUAAAGAAAUGAAAACAUUUGUGCAAUAGAAGGAAAGUCUGAUAAGAGCUCAUGAAGAGAGAAAACGCAAACUCUAGGAAGAGGAUAUGGCACUGGAGGAGAAAUUUGACCUUGACCUGGCUAGGUUGAUGGAGAAGUACUCCCCAAAGCAAUCUGAGCAGGUAUAGAGUACUACUUCUGUUGAAGUUGCGAUGCUCCACAAACUUUUAUAGUCUAGUUUGACGAUGUGUUGUGCUGAUGCUAAAGAAACGAUUCUAGUAGCUUUAUCCAAAAACUAUUAAUAUAUGCCUUGAACAAAUGAUGCACUCGAGUUGCUAUUUAGACAUUUUCAAGAGUUUUAUUUGUUUUCGGGUUGUGAAACCUGUCUGUCACCUUUAUGUUUGAUCACUUAAACAUAUGGCUUUUCAUGGUAAUUGAAAGAUUCUUCAGUUUAUCUUUGCUCAUUCCUUUCUCAUUAUUACUUAGUCUACUGAAAUUGUUUAUGAUCAACUUGAUAAAAGUAUGCUACUUUUGUGAGAGAGCAAUGGACAUUUGAUCUAUCCUCUACCAGUAAUGUUUCAGUAUGAUUCCAUUAAAAAAGUAUUUACUGAAGACUUGAAAACUAUAAACACUGCCUAACAACUGAUGACUUUAUGCACAACCAGGAGAAAGGCUCACUCCAUCUUUUUGGAUCUUGAUAAGUUUAAUAUGUGUUUCUCCUCUUUUUCUCCGUUGGAAAAUGUUAGCUUACGAAGCAAAGGCUUUACCUUAUUUCUCUGUACUCUUUUGUAUGAGUUAGUUUUCUUGGGUAUGUGCAUACGUUCAGUAAUUGGUAUUGGGUUUUGGUGUAGCUAUUGGUUACAUAAUUA